AUGCAGAUACAGUCUCUCCUGGUACGGCCGGAAGACGGUGUAAAUGCUCAGCAGUUUGGCGCCGGCCAGUUCCGCGCAACACAUCACUCGUCCCCGUCUUCGUUCGAGGUUAGUCCGCUGGAGAGGCGUAGCAAACUGGACUGGGCCAGUCGAGAGGCGUUCGCUCUCAGGUUUCGCGAAUCCUUGCCGAUGACUGACCACGACGGGGGCCACGGCCUGGCUGGACGUCUUGCUGAGGAGACUGCUUUUGCACAUGUUCGCUUUUCGGAACGUGGCCUCCGCGACUGGGGCAAACCUUCUGAUACAAGACUCGAUCAGCAGACCUCGAGGCUCAUUCAGUCCCGGGAGUCAAUGGCGCGUCGCCAGCUUGCCUCGGCUCUGAGCGAAGAAGCCAUGCUCCGUGUUGAGCGCAUGCGACAAGCGGCCGCUUCCGGCCGUCACUCGGACCUCUCUGUACCCCACCUGAUCCCGAAGGAGAGGGGAGAGGCAGUCGGUGCUGAUUGGCUUUCGAGCCUAUCCAUUGAUCAACGUCUGGUCGGGUCAUGCUCGAAUUCACUGACAGUACAGGUCUUUUCAUUUCCAAGCUGCUGUCAUUUUAUCUUCUCAUGUCUACAUAUUUCUCUCGUUUCUAAUUCUUUUCCCAUAUACUUAUUUAUUUCUCUCUCGUUUAUCUCGAUCUCUUAA